AUGGUCUUACCAUCAGAUCGAAUAUCCUUCGCAAGCCUUGAAGGCGAUAACUUCUUCAGUGCUUAUUCUACGCAGCCUACAAGUCGGCUUAUGAGCAUCGCUACACAUCCACAAGAGCAGCAGCUCCCGGAGGGUCUCAAUUCUGCUGCACAAUCUUCAGAACCUCUCUCAUCAGUCUGUAUGCCUUCGGGACUGGCUACUUCAUCGAAUCAAAAUUCCUCCGGCGUUACCUCCAAUGUGCAUCAACUAAUACCAGCCCCUUCAACGACUAUCACAGCGCGACAUGGGAGUUCAGAUACCGGUAGAGAGCGAGAUACACCUACUUGCCACCACCAGGUCAGUUUGCCAACUGUCAGCCAGUCGCAGCUCGAAAGUCAUUUCAGUAAACAAGGAAUGGAUGGUAUCUUCCGCAAUGUCCGGACCUUUUUAGCUGCAAAACGGCAUGGUAUCGAUCCUCUAGCUACAACGACCAUUGGUGAAAACGAUAAACCUUCAUCGUCAAAACAGACAAUGCCAGAUAUACGGUAUCUCGAACCGCCCGAAGAUCAUUACUUGAUCACCACAGAUAACAUCGCAGGCAUACUUGAUAUUGUGAUUGCCGGUGUGUGCAGCAUUCAUGAUAAUAAGGGCCUGCCGGAUUGCCGAUCACUCUUAUUCGCAAGAGGUCAGCGUACAAAGCCAACGCUUCGUGUGGAGAAUAUUAUCCCAAGUGAUCCCGCUGUCGCAGAACCAGCUACCACAUUUUGCUCACCUCAGCCUUGCUUCAGCUCAUCCGACGGUUUGGUAGAUUCUCAACCUCCACCUUCCGCGCCAAAAUCGACAUAUAGUAUGGAAUUGUUCUCGGACGCAUUAAACCGAAAUGGUGCUUGUGAUGUCAAUUCUGAGAUCGGCAAUUCAGCAGCGGAGGCUCGAGAACCCCUAAGAUACUCACCAUUAAACGAACUUCCAAGUCGCCAUGUCUCAUGGCCGCAAUCCUGUCGGUUCGGGCGAAGAGAAAGUGCUGGGAUCGAUCCAUCUCGUAGAUUUUCGAAUUCCCCUAGACGUUUUUGCCAACGCGGACAACGGGCCACAUCCGAACCAUUCUUUCAACAGCCUCUUCAGAACAAUUUCAAUUACAUGGUUGCCACAACCCCAAUAACUUCCUUCCCUAGGCUUAAGUCGAGGUCUUGCACGAAUGACUGGCUGACACCAUUGGGCUUGUUCGAUGAUGUAGAAAACGCCGCAUCCGCCGAGCGCCGAGAAACGGUCUCAGACCUCUAUAUUCAUGGCAUUGACGCCCACAGUGGAGAUUCAAGCUACAGGCCUCUGCCGAUUUUAGAGGAGGCCUCUCAAUCAAACUCAACACCAUCGCUUCAAGCCCAAUGCCGCUCGAUUGGGGUUGCAUGUCACAAAAGAAUCAGGGUCAGAGAGCAAAUUAACCAGACCCCAGACAUAGCUGAAGGUCCCCUAGACGGGCUUCGUCAUUAUACUUUUCUUCCUCUUUUGGACCAUGCAUCUGAGACGCGAAAGCGCUCAAGUCAGGCAUUACUCCAACAGAUAUUACAGCAAUCGAAUCCGUCUCGGAUGGGCUUGUCAGGCUCAGCAGCAGGCUCGAGGUCAGGCUCAUGUGCACCCAACAUUGAUAGAUCACCGGAUCCGAUACAGCAAGAUCAACUCAGAGCGGCGUCCUGUUCGGAAGAUGCAGCGCCACAUAUCUGUAUUGACGAGCAACGGACUGGUUAG